GGUCGAUUGUCGAAACCGCAUUACAAUGUGCUCAUGGCACAAUUGCGGGAGUAUUUGCACACUGCAGUACCAACUCCGUUGAUGGACGCCGGAGUAGAGGUUGUCGACCUUCAGGAGUACAUCGCGAAGAUCGACCGCGAGUUCAAGACACAACGGUACGACGACAUUGACGCACCAUUGUUAUAUGUACGCAUUCAGAUCGGAGAGGCGACCUGCAGCGCCUUGAUCGAUUGCGGUGCAACUCGCAACUACAUGACUCAGGACUUCAUGGUACGCGCCGGCCUUGGCCCACGCGUCAGGAGGAAGUCCCAUCCGACACACGUGACGUUGGCCGAUGGUCACACGCACAAGUCAAUUGACCGGUGCAUUGACAACGUCCCUAUGUAUUUCGCCCCGCAUGAACCCGAGGCCGUGUCCUUCGACAUUCUGGACACUAAGUUCGACAUGAUUUUGGGCAUGUCAUGGCUGCGAAGUGAGGACCACCCGGUGAACUUCUACUGCCGCACCGUUCACGUUCGUGACCGGGAUGGAGUACUAGUCCCAUGCACGGUGACUCCUCCUCACCCUUCGAUCAGCUGUCACAUGGUGUCCGCCGCAAGUAUUCGAGGUUUCAUCAUUAAGGAUGACAUUGAGGAGAUGGAGGUGUGUUUUCUCCACGCCCUUCCGCCCCAGGACACCCCAUUGACGGACGCAUCAUCGGACUCACGCAUCACCGAGCUUCUCGCCACUUAUAGUGACGUGUUCGAGGCCCCGCACGGAGUAGUACCGGAUCGGCCCAUCCGCCACGAGAUCAUCCUCGAGGACGGGGCUGUACCUCCGCGUGGUUGCAUGUACCGAAUGAGCGAGAAAGAGUUAAGUGUGCUACGGGCACAACUCGACGACCUUCUGGAGAAAGGUUGGAUUCGACCUAGCUCUUCGCCAUACGGUGCGCCUGUUCUCUUCGUCCGGAAGAAGAACAAGGAUUUGCGGUUGUGCAUCGACUAUCGUAAGCUCAACGCGCAGACGGUCAAGAACGCCGGCCCUCUCCCACGCGUCGACGAUCUCCUGGAGCGACUGGGCGGCGCCAAGUUCUUCUCCAAGUUGGACCUCAAGUCGGGUUAUCGCCAACUUGAGAUUCGCCCGGAGAACUGAUAGAAGACCGCGUUUAAAACGCGAUAUGGGCAUUUCGAAUGGUUGGUCAUGCCGUUUGGCCUUACGAAUGCCCCAGCCACAUUCCAGGCGGCUAUGACAUUGGAGUUUCGACACAUGCGGGAUCGUUUCGUACUCAUCUACCUCGACGACAUCUUGGUGUACAGUCGGAGUUUGGACGAGCAUGUGGAGCACCUACGCACCGUUCUGGAACGGCUACGACAGGCCAAGUACAAAGCCAACCGCGAUAAAUGCGAAUUCGCGGU